AUGGACGUUAAAGAGCCCCUACUACCGUCAGAGCCCCCACCCUCAUACGAAGACGCAAGAAAGUCACCACUUCCGCACAACAGAUCGGCAUCAGGCGCACCAUUGGCGAAAAGGCCACCACCAGGACCUCCCCCACCACUGAGCUUGCCAGCGCUCAACCAACUGAGGGGAUCCAGGGUUGUGCUUGCGAGUGCGUCGCCACGGCGGAGACAGCUUCUCGCCCAGAUUGGUCUCACCAAAAUCGACAUAUGCCCUUCCAAGUUCGCCGAAAACCUAGACCACUCGCUCGGCGCAUUGAACUACGUCCUCGAAACCGCGUCCGCCAAAGCGCAUGAUGUAUACAGGGCCGAGAUCAACAACCGUGAGCGUGGUGAACCUGCUAUAGUCAUCGCUGCAGACACGAUCGUAGUAUCGCAUGCCGGCCGCAUACUAGAGAAGCCAAAGAGCGAGGCAGACCACAUAGCAACGUUGAAGAUGCUCAGAGAUGAGGGGGAGCACAAGGUCAUGACGGCUGUUGCAGUGAUGAAGCCAUUAGAGUCAGCAGUAGACCCGGGAUAUGCUAUGGAGACACAUGUUGAGGAGACAACGGUCAAGUUCGAUCCUACUGUUACCGACGAACUUAUUCUCGCAUACGUCAGAACGCGCGACGGCAACGAUAAGGCUGGCGGCUACGGCAUCCAGACAGCUGGUUCCGUUCUCAUCGAGCGCAUAGAAGGAUCCUACGACAACGUCGUCGGGUUGCCUUUGCGACAGACACUAAAGUUGAUAGAGAAGGUCAUGGAGCCUGAGGAAGAGGAAGAUGGAGACUUCUUUGUGGACAGCAGAGAGGAAGAGGACGAGUGA